UAACUAGUUAGGGUUUAUCGAGGAGGGAGGACCUUUUAGAUGAGGAAAUGGAUUCAACCUACUGCGGAAUCGGUUCAAGUAAAGUGUUUAAAAAGUACGGUUUUACUGAUGCUCAAGUCUCAGAUAUCAUCUCAAGCUAUCCCAGUGUCCUUGUUUGCCGUCCCCAAAAGACCCUUUUGCCUAAGAUUGAAUUUUUUCAAUCUGCGGGGUUCUCAACUGUUGACAUCGCCAAGGUGCUAAGCUCCGGAGGAAGUUUACUAACUAGAAGUUUGGAAACCCAAAUUGUUCCAUCACUUAAUGCCCUUCGAGAUUUGUUUACCUCUUACCAAGAUUUGGUAUGCCCGAUAAAGAGGUGUCCAGGUAUUCUCACAAGAAGUUUUCAGAGUUUGAUGUUAGCCAACAUUGAGUUUUUGCGCAAGGUAGGAGUUCCUGAACCCAAUAUCCUAAAUUUGCUGAAAAGUCAGCCAAGGUUAUUAGUGAGACCUUCUGAUGUGCUGAAAGAAUCUGUGGAGGAGUUGGAGAAAAUGGGGCUUAAUCCUCAGGAUGGAUGUUUUGCAAGAUGUUUAUGGAGAAUGGCAUCAAUUGAUAAAAAAAUUUGGAGGGAAAAGAUGGCACUGUAUGAGAGAUGGGGUUGUUCCGAGAAUGAGGUUCUAAUUGCUUUUAAGAAGCACGCAAGCGUCAUGGCCAUAUCAAGCGGUAAAAUCGUGGAUGUUAUGGAUUUUUUGGUCGUCAAAAUGGGUUAUGACCCUUCUGCUAUACUGAAAGCACCAUUCAUAGUUACUCUGAGUUUGAAGAAAACUAUUAUUCCUAGGUGUUUGGUUCACCAAGCCCUUUUGAGUAAAGGUUUGUUGAAGAAGAAUGUUAGGCUGGCAACUUUACUGGUAUAUCCGGAGAAGAUCUUCCUUAAGAGGUUUGUGGAAUGCUUCGAGAAGGAGGCUGCUGAGCUCCUAAAAGUGUAUCAGGAAAAGCGUAAAGGUACAAAGUGAUAAAUGUUGGAGAGCUGACAAAACGAGGUUAAAAUCCAAAAAAUUGACAGUACAUCCUCUUCUAUCGAUAGUUUAUUUCUUCUUUUAUCAGUUCAGGACAAAGUUGACUAUUUAAGCCAUUUUUCUGGUUGAGUACCAAGAUUUGAACCAUGUGUUCUGGUAUGGUAACUGGGACUGCUUCUUGAGAUUGUGUUGAAUUGAUUUACUUGUGAUGUUUUUCAAUGCCUAUAUGGCCUAUUUGUCCAGAAGGUCGAUGGAUGCAGAAUGUAAUCAAGUUAGUGAAAUUGAUUUUCGCUGUUUUGAGGAUACCUC